AUGUUUCUCUCUCGUGCAGCCAAGCGGGCGUGCUGCCUCGACUCGCGUCUCCUGCCUCCGACCUUCCUGCUCCCUUUCACGGCGCAAUUGAGCAGCGUCUCACACACGACCGACUCAUCAAACACUCCCGAAGUCCUCCUCAAUUCCUCCGCCGCAAAAGUCGACACUCCUCCUAAGUCGACAACUACCACAUCCGCUCCUCCUUCGGCCAGUCAUGCCCCGGUAUCCGCACCUAAGCUACCGACACCCUCUCAAUCGCCUCCGGCCCUGAGUGAUUCUGUCCGCGAACUAUUGCCCGUACUCCGCGCCCAAGGUCCCCACUACAUCACUGCACACAUCUAUGAUCGUCCUUACCUCCUUACCGAGGGCGAUACUCUGCGUGUGCCAUUCCUCAUGCACGGUGUUCAGCCCGGCGACAUUCUGCGCCUGACACACGCCUCAUCACUCGGUUCGCGAGACCUCACCCUCAAGGCCGGCGCCCAACCUGCCAACUCUCGUUCACCCACCGCAUCCACCAUCUCGGUCGUUGAUCCCACACCUGGCAGCGUCUUGACCACCGAAAGCAGAAGGAUGCCUGACGGAGGCCACUUUGUGCCACAUCUGGCCAAGGGCAAGCACAUCUAUGUCGACGACAGACUAUUUGUCUGCAGAGCCACUGUCAUGGGUACCGAGGCUGAACCCAUGCGCAUCAAGGAGAAGACAAAGCGUAGACAAAGGAAGGUCAAGACAGUCAAGAGCAAGCACCGUUUCACUGUGCUCAAGAUCAAGGAACUGAGGAUAAAAGGCUUGGACGAGAUCGAGAGCGGUCUCGAUGCUUGA